AGGGGUGGCCGCAGGGUACGUCUUGGAGUAGGGUUGUUGUGUUGGUUUGAGCUGCUUCGUGGAGCCGGUACCAUGGCAGCUAUGCUAAGAACUAACUAUAUUUUAGGGGAUAAUGAUGACUACAGCGUGAGCAUAACCUGUACACACGAGAAACUUCUGUCUUAGACCAGUCUUUUGUGACUCUAGCCACAAAUGAUUCCUAUGUGAAAGGAGCACUUGUACUUGGUUCAUCCUUGCAACAGUCUGGAACAACGAGGAAGCUGACUGCACUCAUAACUCCUCAGGUUUCAGAUCCAAUGAGGAACACACUAGAGAAAGUAUUUGAUGAAGUCAUUUUGGUAGACAUCCUGGAUAGUGGGGACUCAGCACAUUUAGCAUUACUGAAAAGACCUGAGCUGGGAAUCACAUUAACAAAGCUUCACUGCUGGGAACUGACACAGUUUUCAAAAUGUGUUUUCAUGGAUGCAGACACGAUGGUUUUGUCAAAUAUCGAUGAGCUUUUUGAGAGAGAAGAGUUGUCUGCAGCACCAGAUCCAGGCUGGCCUGAUUGUUUUAAUUCUGGAGUUUUUGUUUACCGACCUUCCAUUGAAACAUACAAUCAGCUGUUACAGUUUGCCACAGAGAAGGGCAGCUUUGAUGGUGCAGACCAGGGGUUAUUAAACACGUUCUUCAGCAGCUGGGCAACAACAGACAUGAACAAACAUCUACCAUUUAUUUAUAACUUGAGCAGCACUUCUGUAUACUCUUACCUUCCAGCAUUUAAAGCAUUUGGUUCAAAUACUAAAGUGGUGCAUUUUCUGGGAAGCACAAAGCCAUGGAACUAUACAUAUGACUCCAGAACAAAAAGUGUAGAAGGCAAUAUCAGUGACCCUAAAAUUGUUCACCCAGAAUUCCUCAACAUGUGGUGGGAUACCUAUACAGUUAAUAUUUUACCUUUACUAGAACAGCAAGAAGUUGAUGAAGAAAAUACCACAGGUGUAAACAUGGCAGAGGUUACAGAGGCAGUGUCCCAUAUGUCAGUAUCAGCACCAUCGCCAGUAUUACCAAGCAUAUCUUCAGAAGAACGCAAGGCUCGGUGGGAACAAGGCCAAGCUGACUACAUGGGAGUGGAUUCCUUUGAUAACAUCAAGAAGAAACUGGACUCUUACCUUCAAUAGAAGUGCCAUUUUCAAACACUGGCGCUACAAGGACUUGUUCCAGAACUAACAGCUAGAAAGGUUGUAGAUGAUGGACAAUUAUGCUUGCUAGUAGCUUGAUGGAAGAAAUUCUUGGCUGAAGGCCAUUGCAGUGCUACAGAUAAAGACUGAGCAAGAGCUAGGAAGCAGAAUUCCUUGGGCCAAUUGCAACUGCCCAGUAACUAGUUUUCCCUACUAGAUCUAAAAAAAAAAAAGAAAAAAAAAAAAGGCAUUUUCAACUACGUUUUUCUUCUGUUGUGAUCAGCUGGCUCAAUGUAUUAAUUGAAACUGCGUUUGCACCUUAACUUAUUAGGGUGAUUAGCACUGACUCCUUUGCUUGCUAUUUUAGAUCUAAAAUCUGAUUUAUGAGAUUGCUCAUACACAAAAUGAUUGCCAUUCUGCUUUAUUAUUAGUGUAUUAAUGAUGCUACAAUAUAUAGGGAGAGAUAACAGUAAUAGCACUGCUUUGAUCUUCUAGUCACAAUUGCACUGAAGUUUUGACCAGGUUUUUACACAUAGUGCCUACAGCAUGGCAGAAUGCAUUUGUUCAGUUCUGUAUUCUUCAGGCUUAGUAAACUGAGUUUUUCUGUUACUUGAAAUCUUCAUGCAAAAAUAAAAACUUGUCAUGCUUUUCUGGUUUUUGUAAACUCCCAAGAAAAUAAAUAAAUAAAAGAGGGCUUUGGAGCAAUCUAAAAUAA